AACUUUAUCCGGAAGUGGGUUGAGUUCUGACUGGGGAGUUGGCUGGAUGAGGAAGCGGAGGAGAGCAGAACCUGAAUCCAGAACCGAGAGGGUCCAGCGCAUGAUCGGAACCAGAACAUCGUGACACGGACACCGGAAUACGCACACACCGGCUCGAACCGUCGCGCAGCCGUACUUUGUCUAACUUGCCUCCGGCCAGUGUGAGACUCUGCUCCGUUCGCUGCUAACAGCUAAACGGGAAGUAAAGCCGUCAGGUGAAGCUCGAGCCCAGGUGUGAUUUCUACUGAGUACUCAGACAGGAGAAGAAGAAGAUGAGCGGAGGCGUGAACAGCAUCGAGGCCGUGAAGAAGAAGAUCAAGGUGCUGCAGGAGCAGGCGGACGAGGCUGAGGAGCGUGCCGAGAGGCUGCAGAGGGAGGUGGAGAAGGAGAAGAGGAGCAGAGAGGAGGCGGAGGGAGAGGUGACGUCUCUGGGCCGACGUCUGCAGCUCAGUGAGGAGAACCUGGACCGGGUUCAGGAGAGACUCAGCACCGCCCUACGCAAGCUGGAUGAGGUGGAGAAGGCUGCAGAUGAGAGCGAGAGAGGGAUGAAGGUGAUAGAGAACAGGGCUCUGAAGGAUGAGGAGAAGAUGGAGCUGCUGGAGGUCCAGUUGAGGGAGGCCAAGCUGAUCGCUGAGGAGGCCGAUCGCAAAUAUGAGGAGGUGGCUCGUAAACUGGUGAUGGUGGAAGGAGAGCUUGAACGAGCUGAAGACCGGGCGGAGCAGGCUGAAAGUAAAAGUCGAGUGAUGGAGGAGGAGCUGAAAACUGUCUUCGCUAGUGCAAAGUCCCUGGAGGCCCAGGCCGAUAAGUACUCCCAGAAGGAGGACCGGUAUGAGGAAGAGAUCAAAAACCUGAGCAGCAAACUUAAGGAGGCGGAGACCAGAGCUGAGUUUGCCGAGCGUACUGUGGCCAAACUGGAGAAAACUAUUGACGGCCUGGAAGAUUCUCUAACUGCAGCCAGAAACGCCAACAUGGAGCUGCAGGCGACUCUGAACCAGACCAUGGAGGAGCUCAACUCCUGCUGAACCUCCUCACCUCACUCCCUUCUGGAGGCUGAGAGGAGGCCCUACUCCCUGGCUCCUGAUGGGUGGAGGUCAGGAGACAUUCCUCCUCCUGCCAUACAUUCCUUCUCUAAACUUUGUCAUAUUUAGUGUUGCUUUACCCUCCUCCUCCUGUUAACCAUGACUAACGACCGUCCACACGUUAACAACUAACCACUAAUCAGCAUUUAACAGCUUGGUAAUUGUUGGUAUACUUUAAGUGAACGUUCUGUUAGCCAAUGAUGUUUCACUUUUCCUUGUGGGGGGGGCGGGUGACCAGCCAAUCAAAUGGAGGCGUUCCACUGCCAAAUAUGGUAAACCAGGGGCCAAUCAGAAGUCUCGCUUUUAUUUUUUCUUUCCCUGCCACAGGUGACCUUUGACCCAAUGAUAUAAUUACGUUUAGAAAUGUUUUUACCUGCUGAUGUCAUCAUUGUGCUGAUGAUGUCAUUGCUCAAUAUGACAAAAUGAGGAUUUUAUGAAAUAAAGCCUGGUGUGUUGA